AAGGGUAAAUUACAAUUUUUGUCCUUUAUGUUUGUAUCAUAUUGCAGCGGAUAGCCUUUAAGUUUGAUAAUUACAGUCACAAUCCUUUAUUUGGGAAAUUCAUUACAUCUUUCGUCCUUUAGCACUAACCAAGUUAAAAUUUUCAGUUAAAUUUAAUCAAUUAAGGGUAGUUUUGUAAUUUUGUCAUGUUUCUUCCUCCCUUCCUCAUCAGUGUUCUUCUUUAUCCCCCACCCCCUCCCCAAACACACACACACACACAGGAACCAAGAACAAGAUCUGUAACACAGGAACCAAGAACAAGAUCUGUAACAUUUGUACACCAAGAACCAAGAACAAGACUCUACCACCACAACUUGUGACAACUACUGGCCACUAAACCCAAUCAUCACAACCGUUGGAAGAUGAUCGCCCCUCCCUCUUCACGUUCGUGUACUGUUUUAACAAAAAUGCUAUCAAUGUCACCAACAACAAUAUCCCUUGAGGGUUUCUAGGGUGCAACCAUGAUGUAACAGGCCUACCGAUGUCAGAAGCACAUGUUCUAAUCUUAUGAAGGUAAUUUAACAUCACAGGUACAAUCUGAUGUCUUAAAUAUUUUCCCCCAAUUUUAAAAUCAAACCAUAAUUCACAAAAUUUGUUGAACUCUACAAAAUUAAAUGAAAAUUCAUGAGUAUCUUGAACAACUGACCGUAAUCAAAGUGAAAUCAACCUCAAAGAAUGACGAAAAGUGCGAAAUUGGGGAAGAACAAACCCUAAUUGUAACUGGAAAUUCAAAAUUGUGCUAAAGGGUGUGAAAGAAUUGAUUGAUUGCAUCGAAAGAUGGGUGCUUUAAAAAUUGAAUUGAUAACGAAGGUAUGAGAUGUGAAAUUAGAUUAGAAGUCAAGUUGAUAAAAUGAUUAAAAUAACAUCGACAUGUAUCUUCAUUUCUGGAAGAUGAAGAUGAUGUCUGGAAAUGGUGAUGGUUUUCAGGUGCGUUUUCAGUGGGGUUAUGGGUUUAGGUGUUUCAGGUGGCCGGAAAUGAUGGCCGGUAGUUAUGGAGAAGUGAAAGAGAGAGUCAUGGAGAAGAGGAGGUGGUGGCUGGUUGUUAUGGAGAACAGGAGGAAGUGAUUUUUUAUUUUGUGCUUGUUCUUCAUGUGUGUGUGUUGGAUUUUUAAGGAGUUCAAAUGUUACAGAUCUUGUUCUUAAUGUUCCUGUGUGUGUAGGGGGUUAAAGAUGAACACUGAUGAGGAAGGGAGGAAGAAACAGGGUAAAAUUAUAAAAUUACCCUUAACUGAAUAGAUUUAACUGAAAAUUUUAACUUGGUUAGUGCUAAAGGACGAAAGAUGUAAUGAGUUUUCCGAAUAAAGGAUUGUUUCUGUAAUUAUUAAACUUAAAGGCUAUACAUUGCAAUCUGAUACAAACAUAAAGGACGAAAAAUGUAAUUUACCCUAUUUUUAAAAGACUUGAGGGAGGAAUAUAUGUUAGUUUAAACUUCCAAAAAGUCGUGUAUAUACAUUAAAAUAAACUCAGAUCCCAAAUUAUAAAACAUCAAGUUCAACAAACUUAAACUCAUCACACAAACCAGGAACAUGCACUUGAAUUAAUUGAAUAAUCGACCCGAAGUUGAUUCUAUUCUUCCACACGACCACACCUACUCCUAUUUCUCUCGGUCCUUAUAUAGAACUCAUUCAUUUCUGAAAUUUCCUAUUAACACAUUGUUCAAAAUGUCGGAUGAAACCUUGUUGAAAACCAAUAUCGAGUCGGGGACAAGUGAAUCCUUGUAUCCUACGAUGGUGGAGUCUCCAGAUCUCCGGUGGUCGUUUAUCCGUAAGGUUUACUCCAUCGUGGCCAUACAGCUAUUAUUCACCGCUGGUGUUGGUGCUGCAGUCGUCUCUUAUCACCCCUUUGUCACUUUCAUGACGACUACCAUCCUCGGAAUCGCUUGUUAUGUUUUUAUCAUCCUUUCUACGUGCAUCACUCUGUGGCCGUUGUAUUACUAUUCUCAGCGACAUCCUGUUAACUAUGUGCUGCUUGGGAUCUUCACCUUGGGUUUUUCUUUUGCUGUUGGCAUGUCAUGUGCCUUCACAAGUGUGAGGGUUGUUUUGAUAGCUUUUAUUCUAACAUCGGUGGUGGUUGUGAGUGAGUCUCACAUUAUUCACAUUUUGGGCGGCAAAAAAAGCUACGAGUUUUGGGCCUUUUUCUUGUGCGGGCUUAUUGUGGUGCUUAUUGUAGCCCCCUUCAUUCAGAUAUUCUUUGCUUUGGUAAAGAUCAGAAUGAUGAUAUACGCGUCUUUUUGCUAUAAUCUUUUGUGGUUACAUUGUCAUCGAUAUCGAAUCGGUGAUCAAGAAAUACACGUAUGACGAGUACAUUUGGGCUGCUGUGGCGUUAUACGUAGAUAUUCUCCGUCUUUUUGUUCAGUUUCUCCGGAUACUUGGAUCUAGACGGAGAUAAUCAUUGUGGUGGUUCGUUUGUACCACAACUAUUGAAUUUAGUUACCAUACUCUGUUAUUGAAUGCUUGUUUUAACAUUCAAAUAUGGUUUUUCUUUUUUGAUUUG